CAGACACUCCGAGACCUGGCCCCGCACUCCUUGCUCCAAGGGGCAGGCAGGACAGGCUGAAAAUAGAAACCACUUCCAAAAAGAUAAAGCCCGGGAGCCCCCAUCUGCACAGCAAUGCCGACAGGACGUGCACAUACAGAACAGCCGGCUGUCCACACCCUGGUUUCAGCCUUUCCCCAGGCCCCGUGAACCUCAGGACCCCAGGACACGGGUCCAUCACAUCUUCCAGAGCCCCGGUGUGCGCAUGUGGAGUGCGGUGUGGUUUGGGGGGGUGUCCGGUGGGAGGAGGAUUUGAUUCCUGUUUCCUGCUCCUACUCACUCAGCCCUAGGAGGUGACUGAGAGUGGAGAGGACUCGAGGGGGAUGACUCCAGCAGAGCCCCACACUCCUUUGAAAAGCUCAAAGGAAGAUGUCAGACCAGUCUCUUCCUACAGCAACACCCCCUACGCAGAAGCCCCCUCGGAUCAUCCGCCCUCGCCCCCCCUCUCGACCUCGGGCUGCCCAGUCCCCUGGGCCCCCCCACAACGGCUCUUCUCCUCAAGAACCUUCUGGCACCUCCAAUGAUGCACCCAACCCAAUGUGCUCCCCCAUCUUCUGGGAACCCCCCGCCUCUUCCCUCAAGCCCCCUGCCCUGCUGCCCCCUUCCGCUUCUAAAACCAGCCUCGACUCCCAGGCCUCCCCAGACUCCCCUUCCAGCACCCCCAGUCCAGUGUCCCGGCGCUCCAUCUCCCCAGAACCCGCACCCAGGUCUCCAGUCCCCCCACCCAAACCCUCCGGGUCACCCCGCACGCCUCUGCCCCUGCCGCACCCAGCCCCCCGGGGCCAAGCCCAGGAUGGCCCUGCCUCUGCCCCAGGCACUGUGCGGAGACUGGCUGGCAAAUUCGAAUGGGGGACUGAGGGCCGGGUCCAGGCUGCACCAGAGCCGGCUCCCCAGGGGGGCGUGGAUGUGAAUGGGGAGAGAGAGACUCCCCGGGGCAGCCUCAGGAGAAGGGGAUCCCAGGAGAAUGGCGCACCGGAUGCGGCCCAGGCCUGCCCACCCUGCUGCCCCUGUGUCUGCCAUGUAGCCCGGCCUGGCCUGGAGCUCCGGUGGGUCCCCGUGGGGGGCUGUGAGGAUGGUCCCAAGGCCCUCUGCCGAGCCUCCCCACUGCGGGCCUCCCGCUCCCGCCCCAACCCUCCCAGCAUCAGUCACCCCUCAGUGGUCCUCACGUCUUACCGCUCCACUGCUGAGCGCAAACUCCUGCCACCUCUCAAACCCCCAAAACCAACUCGGGUCAGGCAGGACCCCACCAUCUCUGGGGACCCCCCACAGCCAGAUCUCCGUCUGCCCUCUGAAGAUGGAAGCCAAACAGGGAACAGUCCAGAUGAAGCCCCUCAGAAUGACGCUCCAGCAACCAUGGAGGGCAGGGAUGAGGGCCUGAAGGAGCUGAAGGAGCAGAACUGGGAGGUGCCCCUGCAGGAUGAACCCCUGUACCAGACCUACCGCGCAGCCGUGCUGUCAGAGGAGCUGUGGGGGGUCAGUGCGGAGGGGAGUCCCUCUCCGACAAACCCUGGAGACGCUCCCGCCUUCGCCCGGCUCCCUGGCCCUCGAAACACGCUGUGGCAGGAGCUCCCGGCGGUGCGAGCCAGUGGCCUCCUGGACACGCUCAGCCCCCAGGAGAGGCGCAUGCAGGAGAGCUUGUUCGAGGUGGUGACCUCCGAGGCCUCCUACCUGCGCUCCCUGCAGCUGCUGACCGACACCUUCGUGCUGAGCCAGGCGCUCCGGGACACGCUCACGCCCCGCGACCACCACACUCUCUUCUCCAACGUGCAGAGGGUCCAGGAAGUCAGCGAGUGGUUUCUCGAGGCCUUGCUGUCCCGCGUACGCUCUUCCCCCCACAUCAACGACCUUUGCGACGUGGUGCACGCCCACGCCGUGGGCCCUUUCUCCGUGUACGUGGAUUACGUGCGCAACCAGCAGUACCAGGAGGAGACCUACAGCCGCCUUAUGGACACGAACGUGCGCUUCUCCGCGGAGCUGCGCCGGCUGCAGAGCCUCCCCAAGUGUGAGCGGCUCCCGCUGCCGUCCUUCCUGCUGCUGCCCUUUCAGCGCAUCACGCGGCUCCGCAUGCUGCUGCAGAACAUCCUCCACCAGACAGAGGAGGGGUCCAGCCGCCAGGAGAAUGCCCAGAAGGCCCUGGGUGCUAUCAGCAAGAUCAUUGAGCGUUGCAGUGCUGAGGUGGGGCGCAUGAAGCAGACGGAGGAGCUGAUCCGGCUCACCCAGAGGCUGCGCUUCCACAAAGUCAAGGCCCUGCCCCUGGUCUCCUGGUCGAGGCGCCUGGAGUUGCAGGGGGAGCUGACGGAGUUAGGGUGCCGGAGAGGGGGCAUGCUCUUCACCUCGCGCCCCCGCUUCACUCCCCUCUGCCUGCUGCUCUUUAGUGACCUGCUGCUCAUCACGCAGCCUAAGAGUGGGCAGCGGCUACAGGUGCUGGACUAUGCCCAUCGCUCCCUGGUCCAGGCCCAGCAGGUUCCGGACCCAUCUGGACCCCCGACGUUCCGCCUCUCCCUUCUCAGCAACCACCAGGGCCGCCCCACCCAACGGCUACUCCAAGCUUCCUCCCUAUCAGACAUGCAGCGCUGGCUGGGAGCCUUCCCCACCCCUGGCCCCCUUCCCUGCUCCCCAGACACCAUCUAUGAGGACUGUGAAUGUUCCCAGGAUCUGUGUUCAGAGCCUUCGACACCAGCCAAGACUGAGGGACAGAGUCUGGAGUCCAGGGCUCCCCCCAAGCACCUACACAAGAGCCCUGAAGGCUGGCUGAAGGGCCUUCCUGGGGCCUUCCCUGCCCAACUGGUGUGUGAAGUCACAGGGGAACAUGAAAGGAGGAGGCACCUUCGCCAGCACCAGAGGCUCCUGGAGGCUGCUGGACCCUCUUCAGGAAACCCCAGUGCCCCCCAAUCCUAAUGCAUGCUGGGGAGGGGGCGCAGGCAGGGACAGCUGGCAGCGUGGCGCAGAGAGGACAAAGCUCAUCUAUCUAUUGGAUUCGCUGUCAGUGGAAAUACUACCUCUAGUGCCAACCAAUAGGGACCAAGCUUCAGGACGAGGCAGCCAAUGAGAACAGGAUGGUCAGAGCCCAGGCAGUGAGGGAGAACGAGGCUGGUGUGAGUGUGUGGCCAAUGGAGACAGAGGCUUAGUGCAGAGGGGCUGAUCUGGACCCAAGAGAUCAGUAGCGACUCUCUUUGGUUCUAGAGCAACAGCCAGUCCUGCCCUUUGAAUCGAAGAAGUAUUAGAUUUCAUUCUCAGGGUGUUUCCUAUGUCCUCUCAAGCCAGGUUUUCUCUUCUAGAAGAAUCCAGUGUGUGUUUCUCAGAGUGUGUGUGUGUGUGU